AUGAGUUUGAAUCCGAACAAUCUACCAACUUUGAGCGGUCUUGGAGCCAGUAGUAUCGAGCAGAUUUUACGCUUACGACAGGAGCGCAAUCAGCGGAUACCAAAAUGCGCCCGAUGCCGGAAUCAUGGCACUGUUUCGGCGCUUAAAGGUCAUAAGCGAUACUGUAAAUGGAAAGACUGUCUUUGCGCAAAAUGCACGCUUAUCGCGGAACGACAGCGCGUGAUGGCAGCGCAGGUUGCCCUUCGACGGCAGCAAAGCCAGGAUGAAAAAGAAGCAAAGGAUUUAGAAAUGCUACUGGGAAUUGAAAGAGCUGACAAACUGUUGAAAUUUAUUCGACAAGGCGGGACAUCUGGCGAAAGCAGUACAAGUGAAAGUAUGUGCAGUGAUGUGCAAAACGAACAAGGUUUGCAUAUUUUUAAUUUACAAACUUUAAAACUAGAUCAAAGAAGUUAA